GUUUUGUGAACACCCAUGUAUUUGUUCUAGGGCGGAAGUGGAGGAAGAUACUCGAGACCACGGGGACCGCUGAACAAAUUUUGGGAAUAUAUUGGUGUAGGGACGUGGAUUUCCAUCAGCCAAGAUGUCUCGGGGUUCAAUUGAAAUCCCCUUACGGGACACCGACGAGGUAAGGACUAGCUACGCUGCUUUGUUUGACCGUGGAUUGCUAUUGCUAGUCUACUAACGUUGGCUAACGUAGUAUUGCCCUGUGUUUGUUGACUAACGUCAGCCAGAUCGCUAACAACUUCGGAUAAGUGUUUUUUUUUUUUUUUUACUAUCAGUCAUGCAAAUUAUUGGUCAUAACCCAUGUUUGAGUUAUAAGUUGUCUAUUUCUACAGGUGAUAUUGUCUUUCCGAUCAUUCAGUAAUCUAACUAGUUAACGUGAGAUACAAGACUCAGGAACCAAUCAAAUGCAACCACUUCUUGUCCCCAGUCAAAACAUUUCAUAAAAUAACUUAGCCUCUGAUCAAGCUUUUUAGCCAUAGGUUAAAGGUCACAUGUCAUGUUGUAUGUGUACGAACUGGUGCUCACAUAGACCUGUGUCUUGUUAGUGAAUCAAUGAUUUGUUCUGCAGGUUAUUGAGCUUGAUUUCGACCAGCUGCCAGAAGGAGAUGAGGUCAUCAGUAUCCUGAAACAGGAACAUACACAGUUGCACAUAUGGAUUGCUCUUGCUGUAAGUAUGAAUACACAGACUGGUAUGGAAAUUCCUUAAAAAUAUGGUUGAAUUGAUAGUUGCACAUAUUACUCUGUAUGAGUGUUGCAUCAAAUACAGUUAGAUUGUAAUUUCUACUGUUACCUGUAACUCCUCCCUGUAGCCCUACAGGCUCGCCGCCAUAUACAGUUAUUUUAACAGUAACAUUCCGUCUGUGUGAGAUAUUAGCCGACCUGUGCCUGUUUGGAGACACUUUUCCCACAUCGGAGAGUAUAUCCGUGGACGGUUCUGAUAAGGAAAUUGUCGUAUGCAUCGGCGAAGGAAAUAAUUUAAUCAAAUUGUUAGAUGUCUAUGUUUGCGCACACACUCUGUUCUUCUACCUGUUUGCGGCAGCAUGCUGCCCAAUUGUGAGGCUGAUUAGCUAGACAAACAGGUGUGAAACACACAAGCGAGACACAACAUGGAAUUUUGAUUUGGAGAGGGGUUGGUAGCAUCUAACAAUUGAAUGUAAUUAUUUCCUGGGCACAGUCUGGCGACGCAAACGACAAUUUCCUUAACAGAACUGUCCACCGACCACGGGUAUACUCUCCGACGUGGGAAAAGCGUUGCCGUACGGGUCGGCAAAUAUCUCCCAAGGUGGCUAAAUGUUAUACAGAACUCUGGUCUAGGAAAUGGGCUAUCCUCCCUGGUGAGUUAUGUAGUUGCAUUCCCACUGACUGAUGGUUUGUUCAUGGAUUGUGUGUCACCAAAAUAAACAAAAACAGAUUUUUCUUUUAGCUGGAGUAUUACAAACAGACGAAGACGGAGGACUUUGUCAAGCUGCUGGAAGCGGCCCGUAUCGAUGGAAACCUGGACUACAGAGACCAUGAGAAGGACCAGAUGACCUGUCUGGACACCCUGGCUGCCUACUAUGUCCAGCAGGCACGUAAAGAGAAGAACAAAGAUGCUAAGAAGGAGCUCAUCACUCAGGCCACACUGCUCUACACCAUGGCAGACAAGAUCAUCAUGUACGACCAGGUAAGAAAAUCAGCUUAACCAUUAUUGGAAAAUGUGAAAGUUAAUUUCCCCAUCACAAAAAAAUAAUAACCUAGUGUAAUCUAUUUAUUUGUUUGUAACAGAACCACUUGUUGGGAAGAGCCUGUUUCUGCCUUCUGGAGGGGGACAAAAUGGACCAGGCUGACGCUCAGUUCCACUUUGUCUUGAACCAGUCUACCAAUAACAUCCCUGCUCUACUUGGUUAGUAAAACAUAAGGGAAAGAUCUACCAUUACGACCACAAAGGUUCACUUCGAAAUAGGGCCUAACCACUACAUUUUAUUUCAACAGGUAAAGCUUGCAUCUCCUUCAAUAAGAAGGAUUACAGGGGAGCACUGGCCUACUACAAGAAGGCUCUACGCACAAACCCUGGAUGUCCUGGUAAGCAUUUCACUUGCACCUGUCAUAUUAAGAUGAAUAAUAUCCCUGGUCUCUCCUAACAUACUGUCACUAUUUCUCUUACCAGCCGAGGUGAGGCUGGGUAUGGGCCACUGCUUUGUCAAGCUCAGUAAGCUGGAGAAGGCCCGUCUGGCCUUUGGCCGGGCCCUGGAGCUCAACUCCAAGUGUGUGGGAGCCCUUGUGGGCUUGGCUGUGCUGGAGCUCAACAGCAAGGAGCCCGACUCCAUCAAGAACGGAGUGCAGCUCCUCUCCAGAGCCUACACCAUCGACCCCAGCAACCCCAUGGUGCUCAACCACCUGGCUAACCACUUCUUCUUCAAAAAGGUGAGAGGGUUGUCAUCCUAUUCCUGGCAUAUAGUAGCAUGUCUUGACCUGAGUUUCCCUUAUCAUUCACGUUGUUGUACUUUCUUAUUUUCAGGACUACAGUAAAGUGCAGCACCUGGCUCUCCAUGCCUUUCACAACACAGAGGUGGAAGCGAUGCAGGCUGAGAGCUGCUACCAGUUGGCCCGCUCCUUUCAUGUACAGGUAAGCGCUAAGGCCUCAGCUUAUUUUUCGGAAGACUCUUGCUUUUCUAAUUGAAUGGGCAUGACAUCUCUCCUUCUUGUGUAUUUCAGGAGGACUAUGACCAGGCCUUCCAGUACUACUACCAGGCCACCCAAUUUGCCUCGUCUACCUUUGUGCUGCCUUUCUUUGGCCUGGGGCAGAUGUACGUGUACCGUAGAGACAAGGAGAAUGCCGCCCAGUGCUUUGAAAAGGUCCUAAAGGCCUACCCCAACAACUAUGAAACCAUGAAGAUCCUGGGCUCUCUCUAUGCUACUUCAGAUGACCAGGAAAAGAGAGACAUUGCCAAAGUAAGUAAAACAGCUAUGCACAGGUGAACCACACAUGAAGUAUAAGUGUUUGUCUGAUCUCUGUGGCAUUAUCUCUACACUUGUAACUCUGUAGAUGUUAAUCAGUACUAUUGCUAAAAUAAAUAUCAUGUAAUGGCUUUGUGUUCUGCAGGGUCAUCUGAAGAAGGUGACUGAGCAGUACCCUGAUGACGUGGAGGCCUGGAUCGAGCUGGCCCAGAUCCUGGAGCAGACCGACAUCCAGGGCGCCCUCUCUGCCUACGGCACGGCCACCCGCAUCCUGCAGGAGAAGGUCCAGGCCGACGUUCCCCCUGAGAUCCUCAACAACCUGGGGGCUCUCCACUUCAGACUGGGCAACCUGGGAGAGGCCAAGGUACAGUUCAGGAGGAUGGCAGAGCUACCUGGCUAGAAUUAGUAAUUGCAUGUUGUAGCAAUUACCUACUUGAAUGGUUAUUUGUAGUUUCGGAACUUGCCUUUGUGGUAAUGGUAGACACCGAGGGUUGGGUGAUUUUCGAUUGUGUCGUCUAUCGACGAUGUUGGACAGCCAUCGUCGAUAGUGACGACAUCGUGAUGUCACAAACGAUGGUUUAGCAUAUUUGAAUUUGACUGCACCUCCGGAGUCUGGCAGCGCACGACAGCACGGCGCAGUGAGCACACAGCAGGGGGACAUGCCAAAUGGCCUAUUCCCUAUUUGCCAUAGCCUAAAUGUUCAAUACAUAUGAGGUAGUCAGAAUAUUAACAUAAUGCAAGAGAACAAUGUAGAUUGUAGAAAGUGCAGCGGAAAAUGUCAGAUGGGGCCUAAUGUGUUUUCACCCAAUGUCGGAUGAUCAUGGGCCUUUAGCAGCAGACGCUCCGUCUGGCUUAAUGUUUUAACAUCUUCAUUUCCAUUUUUCUACCCAAUCCCCAUUCGAUUCGAUUUUAAUGUGACUUGUUGGCCUAGGCAUAGCCUACUCUUUCAUGAACAACCAUUGAAUGAAUCUAUAGGCCUAACGGAGUUCCAUCUCAGAAAGUUGUUGUGAAUAGCCUAAAUAACACCUAGUAUAGUAAUAAUGAGGGAAAGAACAAACAAUUGCAAGAUAGACUAAUGGAAUAGGAAGCAUAAACUAACCUGGGACGUUUCUGCUUUACUUGACCAAAGUGUAGGCAAAAUAAAUUGUCAACAACAAUCAGAUAAAACUAAUAGUUAUUUAGCCUAACAUUCUUUAUAACACUUGAAUGAACAUUAGCUUAUUCUAAAAACGAAUGGGCCUAUUAGGAUAUGCCUCUUGUCUAUUGAACUGUACAAAUCCUAAAUAUAUGCCUACAAAAUAAAUAAAGUAGCCUAAACAAAAUAAGUACGAAAAUAACAAAAAAUAGUGCAACAAAAACCAAACCAAGCUUUGAUAGGCUAGAAUAGUCUAUGCCAUUCGAGUAAGAUGCAUUUGAAUAUAGGCUACAUUUAAAAAUUAAACAAAAAUGUAUAAUUAGGAACCAUUAGGUCUAGUUUGUCUUAGGCCUACCUAAAGGUUUCUGCCAAGGAACACCAGCAUGUUCACCUUUUCUGCCCCAGAGUAACGAACUCAGCAGGAUGAUGGACUUUGAAAUGUUGAUGGAGGUUUGUAGUCUGUCCGUCCUUUGCCCUGAUUAUCUUUUGACAUAUUCUGCAAGUGACUUUGGUCAGGUCUGCUGGCUCACCUUUAACAUUCGGUCUGAAACUGAAGAACUGCCAAACAGGCGAAGACAGGCUUUUCUUUCCCACCAAGGAGCCACAUUUUUCCCCCCCUGAUUUGGAGUAAGGCAGACUGUACUAUAGUGAAAUCCCGUCACGUCCUUUUAAAAAAAAGUCUGAAACUGUCGGGAAAGUAGCCUAAUGAAAUAACUAUAGACUACACUUGAUAUGGCUAUAAUAUUCCUUUUUAAAAGGUAGGCUAACUGAUAUCGGAGUAUUUUUAUGAACAAGAGAAACAUAGCCCUACCAAUUUUGUAAAUCAUUCUACAGCCUAGACAAGAUUUUAAAAAAGAACUAGGCCUAACACAGUUCAGGCCUAACAAUGCGUCCUUUAUAGUGCGUUCUUCCCGCCCCAUUUGACUGACCCCUCCGUGCGCAACGCGAACCCGCCCAGAUUUUUUUAAAACCGAUACAAUCGUAUAUCAAUGAUGUUUGGACAGGACGAUGUGUCAUUCCAGACAUCGCCCAACCCUAGUAGACACAACAGAGCUAUAAAUAGAUUAAUUGAUUUUAGGGUUGGUCAUGUUUGUCUGUCCAUGUUUAGAAAUACUUCCUGGCCUCUUUGGAGCGGGCCAAAGCUGAGGGCGAGCAUGACGAGCAUUACUACAACGCCAUCUCUGUCACCACCUCUUACAACCUAGCCAGGCUCUACGAGGCCAUGUGCGAAUUCCACGAGGCGGAGAAACUCUACAAGAACAUCCUGAGAGAACAUCCCAACUACGUCGACUGUAAGCACUGAAGACACGCAAUACUUUUUGGUUAAUGUCUGUCUCUUUAGGGUGCGUGUGUGUAUCAAUUGGUCCUUUGUUGUUGCUUGCAGGUUACCUACGUCUUGGAGCAAUGGCUCGUGACAAAGGAAACUUCUAUGAAGCUUCCGACUGGUUCAAAGAGGCUCUGCAGAUCAAUCAGGAUCACCCAGACGCCUGGUCCCUGAUCGGGAAUCUCCACUUGGCCAAGCAGGAGUGGGGUCCGGGUCAGAAGAAGUUUGAGCGUAUCCUCAAGCAGCCGUCCACUCAGAACGACACCUACUCCAUGCUGGCCCUGGGCAACGUGUGGCUACAGACCCUGCACCAGCCCACCAGGGACCGGGAGAAGGUAUGGCAAAAUAUUCAUUGUUUUGAUGUGGAGCCAUGAAAAUCAUCACUGUCAGAAACAGUGCCUUCAUCAUCUGUCUGUGCCUGUGGUUGUGUCCCUCAGGAAAAGAGACAUCAGGAUCGAGCCCUGGCCAUUUACAAACAGGUCCUACGAAACGACUCCAAGAACCUUUACGCUGCCAACGGCAUAGGUUUGUUGGCCUUCUCUCACUCAUUGUAUUCCCAUAAAUGCUUAAUACUCAAACUUGACUGAGUGUUUACCUAUUAGCAUGUAUUUACCUCAGUUUGCCGUCUUUUCUGUCCAGGUGCCGUCCUGGCCCAUAAGGGCUACUACCGUGAGGCCCGUGACGUGUUUGCCCAGGUAAGAGAGGCCACGGCUGAUAUCAGCGACGUCUGGCUCAACCUGGCCCACAUCUACGUGGAGCAGAAACAGUACAUCAGCGCUGUGCAGAUGGUAAGGCUCUGUACUGGCUCAUAGUACACACUGCAGGGGGGGUUUAUAUUCCUGUAUUGUACUUUUAAAAUGUCUUAUCCACUCUUUGUGGUGUUAGUACGAGAACUGUCUGAAGAAAUUCUACAAGCAUCAGAACACGGAGGUGCUGCUGUACCUGGCUCGGGCACUCUUCAAAUGCGGGAAACUCCAGGAGUGCAAACAGACUCUGCUGAAGGUGAGAUUUGUGUGAAAUUAAACGUCUCUCAUUCCUUUGAGGAACCCUAUGGCUGGGCUUCAUUUGGCUGAGCUUGUUUAUGUGAAAACAGGGUGACCCUUGUGUGAUUGUCAUGUUACUAGGGUUGCAAAAUUCUGUUAACUUUUAAAAGUUGACUUUUCACAAAAUCCCGGUUGGAGGAUUCACGGAAUCAGAAGGGAAUAAGCAGGAAAUUCGGAAUCCUCCAACCAGGAUUUCUGGGGAACCAGGGAAUUUAUUGCAACCCUACCUGUUACUCACUGGUGUGGCUGACUGUGUCCCCAGGCGCGUCACGUGGCCCCCAGUGACACGGUGCUGAUGUUCAACGUGGCCCUGGUGCUGCAGAGGCUGGCCACUCUGGUGCUGAAGGACGAGAAGAGUAACCUAAAGGCUGUACUCAGUGCUGUCAAAGAGCUGGAGCUGGCCCACCGGUACGCCCUAAACUCACUUAAACACCUCUCGUAAAAGAAUCCUUCACUUUUCUCAGCCUAAUCUUCUCUUUUCUUUUGUCUCAGGUAUUUCAGCUACCUUGCCAAGGCAGGAGACAAGAUGAGGUUCGACCUAGUGCUUGCCUCCACUGAGGCCAGGUCAGUUUGAACAAAUAUCUUCCCUCUAAAAUAAUAAUUCAGGCCAGUAAUUACUUCAUAGCCUUCAGUAAAUCAAUAAACUACUCUUAGCCAAAGUUCAGAUCACACCUCAUAGGAACUUAGAGGGAUGACAGCUGAGCCCAGCCAUCAGACGUUGGGCUAAGCCUGGAUUGUGAGCUGUGUUUGUGUGGGGUCGUUGCAGGCAAUGCUCUGACCUGCUGAGUCAGGCCCAGUACCACGUGGCUCGGGCCAGGAAGCAGGACGAGGAGGAGAAGGAGAUCCGGGCCAAGCAGGAUCAGGAGAGGGACUUCCUGCGCCAACAGAUGCAUAAAGAACAGGUCUGUCUGUGGGCUGGGGUGUCACAUCUCCACAAGUCCCUCACCUCUUCUAUGCUGUACUUGUAAACCAUAAUGGAUAAGCAAUUUAAGUAAACAGACCUGUGAUGUCUUGAAUAACAUGUUUCUUUGGUCCACAGUAAAUGUAUUCCUUUAUAACAGUGUGACUCUAAACCACUGACCUUGUCUUCCUGCUGCCCCACCAGGAGGAGAAGAGAACCAAGCAGGAAGAGGAUCAGAAGAAGCUGCUGGAGCAGAGAGCCAUGUACGUGGAGAAGACCAAGGGUCUGCUCUCCUUCGCCGAUGGAAUGAAGGAGGAAAGGAAAGAGAAGAGGAAAGGUGGCGGCCGAGUGAGUGCAAAUGUGUAGAGAACAGCUAGUGCAACGUGGAGGUCCGGGGUGAUCAAUGAUUAGCUCAUGGCACAUCAGAUCGAUAUGAAUCUCAAAGAAAGGCUCUAGGGUGCAGUGUGAAUACAUUGUUCUUGUUUGUUUCAUUCUCCCCAGCGCAAGAAAGGGGGUGACUUUGAUGAGUUUGUCAACGAUGGCUCUGAUGAGGACCUGCCAGUGAGGAGGAGGAAGAAGAGGAAGGGUGGCAGCGGGAGUGAGGAGGAGGGCCGCAAGAAGAGGAGGAGGUGAGACUGCUGUGGAAAGUGUUGUUGUUAUUUGUAGUGACGGGUAGGAAAGUGGCCUGGUGUGAGUGGCGCUGUGACUGUAUUUCAGACCCACCAAAGGGGGUGACGAUGGCAGUGAUGACGAGGAGGGAGGCUCACGGCCCAAAAAACAACGCAAACCCAGAGCGGGCGGCAAGAAGUUCCAGAAGGUCAGUUAAAUGUCUUUUUGUCCUUUUAAUGGUAUUUUUUAACCCAAAUGACCAGCCUUAUGCCCAGAGUUUUAACGGUUCUGUUUUUGUCUAGGCUGAGCCUGUGCCACCGUCUCUCAAAGGCAAGAUCAAGUCGAAGGCCAUCAUCUCGUCCUCCGACUCUUCAUCAGACGAGGAUGGACUGAAAAUUGCUGAAGACCGGUGAGGGCAUAAACUCAUUCGUACAUGAAAUGCUACAUGAAAAUACAACUCAGAAGGGUUUUGUGACACACUAAUACAUUAUGAUUAUUUGUCUGUUGACCACCCAGAAACCCCAGAGACAGUGGUUCAGGCUCUGAUAAUGAGGGCGGCCACAAGAAGCGCAUCGCCUCCGACAGUGAGUCUGACGGGGGCAGGAACCGCUCUGGCAGCGAAGCUGGAAGCCCCCAACGCUCCGGAAACUCAGGUAGCGACUCAGGCAGCGACCGUCCAGUGAAGAGGAAGAGAGUGCAGCAGCAGUCUGACUCAGAGCAGUCUGAUAAUGAGAGCAAGAGGAGCCGCUCUGGGUCGGACAACGAGUCCCGACCAGGCUCACCGGCCGCAGCCUCUGGCUCUGAAGCAGGCUCUCCGGCGGGCUCUCCGGCAGGCUCCCCACACCGCUCCGACAACGGAUCAGAACCAGAGGGCUCUGCCGACAAGGCCUCAAACCACGGCUCUGGCUCUGACAGCGACUGAAGCUUCAAUCUCAGAACUGAAUUUUUUCCUACUGAAAAGAAAAGAGGUUAUUUUGACAUUAAUUUUUGUAGAGGCUUUUUUGUUCCGUCUUGGUUUGUACCCUGAAAUUGAAAUGAGCACAUGCAGUGUAGCUUUGUAGCCCAUAAUGUGGGUUGUCUUUACUAGUUUUUGGUCACCAGACUGUUAAGACUUUUACAUUGAUGCUGUACCUCAUGUCCUUUUGUUUUGUUGAUGAUGUAUGGAAAAUGUGACUUGUAAGUAGUCUGACAGCUGUAACCCAUAUAUUUUGUAUCUUAAAAUGAUUGGAAGAGGUGACGUCAUGGAAUAUUAGUAAAUCGGCCCAGAGAUGGGAAAAAUUAUAUGUAGAUAAUAAACAAACACAAAAUAAAUAUGUGGGUUUUUUCCAUUUCUGAUGAUGAAGCUGCUUGUAUGACAUUGGAAAACAACUUGACACUUAGUUAUCUUCUGAUUAUGGGGUAAAUGUGUCGCAAUUGUUUUGGCUGCAUUUGCCUUGUUUGUGUAUCAACAUGGCCUCUGCCAUUCAGAAAAAUAUUUUUGAAUAAAAUGCCA